AUGUUGCCGCAGCAAGCAUCUUCGGGCCGGGCGCAUCCGGGCCCUGGAAGUCUGCAGAGUCUGCAGCGCAGCAGACGUAGCGGUCUGCCGGCCUCAGGCGUGUACGACGGUCGGGCAUCGGCACGUGCCACAGGCGUGUGCAGAAGCACCAGCACAGCCACCCACCAAGAAGCCAGGUCCGGUUUGUGUGGCGUCGCAGCCGCAGCUGUCAUCGUCGGCACAAGGCGCAGGAUUCUGAAGAGGCAUGUGCGCCGUGCAAGUUCGGAGGAUGCGGCCGUGACAGGCACGAACGGCGUUGUUGAGGUGCCACAGGACCUGUACGAGUUGCUGGGUGUGAGCGCGGACUCUGAUGCCGACCAAAUCAAGAAGGGCUACUAUGAGAAAAUGAAGGUUUGCCACCCCGACAUCGCCGGUGAUGAUGGUGCGGAAGCCUGCGUUCUCCUCAACGAGGCCUACGAUGUACUCUCAAACAAAGAGGAGAAGAAGGCUUACGACAUCGAGCUGGCGCAGACGAACGGCUCCAAGCAACUGGUGAUUUAUGAUGAGGACGUCUCCCCGACUUGGGACUGGACAUCCAAAACAGGCAACAAGAAGACGAAGCCAGUCUACAAUGGGCGUCCUUUGUCGCGGUCGCUCUACCACAAGGUGUCUGAGGAAGGAAAGGGCCCGAAGCACGACGCGGAAAAGUUCGUGUUUGUCGACGAGUGGACUUGCAUCUCAUGCCGCGCCUGCUGUGAGGCCGCACCCAGCACUUUUUGCAUCGAUGCAGAUGCUGGGCGCGCACGGGUGUUCGCGCAGUGGGGCGAUGGAGAGGAUUAUCUGGACGAAGCAGUUCAGUCCUGCCCAGUGGAUUGUAUCUACUGGGUGAGUCGGGAGGAGUUGCAGGUCCUCGAAUACGUGACACGCGACCGUAUGUUCGAAAUCGGCAACCAACCGCCUUGCUCCAUGACUGCUCGUCGCACCGGUGGAGUAACUGACAACCCCUUCGGCAUGGCCGAGAAGUUCACUGCCAAGCAGGCAGAAGAGAAACGCCGCCAAGAGGCUUUGGCUGAAGGCUCGGUCAACGUCUCUGCCAUGCAAGAGAGGAUCCGCGAACUUUUUGGCCGGAUCAAUGAGACCCUGCGAAGAACAGCUUGGGGUUAG